UCCCCUCCCCCCCAUCGCCUCCAGAUCACACCACCGUUGCCUCCACCUCCAAAACCAUUUCUAGGCUGGUGCCGUUGCUGCGAGCGAACUCAGGUUGGCUAUUUGAUCAAGGAGCUGGUGCAUUGUUUAUCUGUUUACAGGAGAGACAUCAAGUUGGUGCAUUGUACAAGGACAUGGAAAUUUUGGCUCGAUAGAUGCAGAUCCUGCUGCUGCAAUGCGAUACACAGAGUGCCGCUUGGACUCACUAGCAGAAGCCAUGUUCUUGACUGAUCUGGAGCUGAAUACAGUAUCUCUUUUCACUUCUUUGAUGUCUUUCUCUAAGGAGCCAUCUCUGCUGCCAACUCGUGUUUCAUCUCUAUUGUUGAAUGGUUAUUCUGGGAUUGCGGUCGGAAUGGCAACAAACAUUCCUCAUAAUAUGGGGGAGCUUGUUGAUGCACUUUCUGUUAUAAUUCAAAACCCUGAAGCCACAGGUUUCGCCUUGUCGAAACAUGUUCAAAAUCUCAGAGUCUCAUCUGCAAAAAAAGACCAUCACGCGGACGCGGAAGUGGAGACUGGAAAUCUGGAGGGAGAUGACGCUGCACCAGAUCACGAGAGAUGUCGCUGAGAGCUGCAAUCCACAGACCUGGCACC